AUCACGGAGGAAGGAAAAACGCGCCGGUCGGUCUGCUGCUGCUGCAUGUUUUUCGGUCGUGCAGCGAUCUUCACUCGCAAACUUGCGCCGCGCUGUUGUUUCGUGGCCCUCCGAGGUCUCAAAAUGUCAGAAAGUAGUGAUUCUAACUCCGUCCUUUUCGUCUGCCUCGGCAACAUUUGCCGCUCCCCGAUCGCCGAGGCUGUCUUCAAGCACGUCGCUAAAGAGAGAGGCGUGUUGGAUGACUGGACUGUUGACAGUGCAGCCACCGGCGACUGGCAUGUGGGCUGCAAUCCCGACAAGCGUGCCCUCAAGUGCCUCAAGGAUCACGGCAUCGACUACAAGCACUCCGCCAGGCAGGUGACAACCGAAGACUUCACCAACUUCAAGUACAUCUUUGGCAUGGACGAGAACAAUAUCUCGACACUGCGCGAGCUGUCACCCAAAAAGAGUACGGCUCAAAUCGAACUCUUCGGGAAGUACGACCCCCAAGGGAAGACCAUCAUUCGGGAUCCAUACUAUGACGACGGGAGCAAGGGCUUUGAGGACGCGUACGAACAGUGCCUGCGCUGCAGCAAUGCCUUCCUGGACAGAGUGGUCAGCUGAGUGGCGCGGGUUCCUGCUUAAGUUGCUUGGGGGCGCUGGCAGCGGUGGCCUCCUCCAGGCGUCGUCGCUUCUUCUCUAGAUAACUGUGCUCGUUGUCAAACCACUGCUUGUAGAGCUGAGACAGGCUGCCGUUAUUUCGGUUGGCGACGACAGGCUUGCCUGCACGAGCCCAAACAUUUUGUUAGCCGAAUUUCAUAAAUAAAAUAAUCUUUUUGACAA